AUGGCGACGACAGUCACUAACCCGCGUGAUCCGAACACGCUAAGCAACUACAACAACUGGCGCUCUGCCCAUAUCACCGCCAACUUCGAGAUCCUGUUCGAUCAGAAGAAGCUCGUCGGAAAUGUCGUGCAUAAGUUUCGCUCCACUACCGAGGCCCAAUCCAAGGAGAUCAUCCUAGACACGAGCCAUCUCGACAUCGGUGAGGUCAAGGUGGAUGGCCAAGCUUCCAAGUGGGAGCUGCUGGCCCCGCUGGAACCUUUUGGUACCCCGCUCAAGAUCAGCCUCGAGAAGGGUGUGCAGCUGAAUGAAACCAUUGAGGUGGAUAUUGCCGUCAAGACCACUGACAAGUGCACUGCCCUUCAAUGGUUGACUCCCGCUCAAACCUCUAACAAGAAGCACCCAUAUAUGUUCUCGCAAUGCCAGGCCAUCCAUGCCCGCUCCAUCUUCCCCUGCCAGGAUACACCCGACGUCAAGAGCACCAUUGACUUUAACAUCACCUCGCCCUUGCCAGUCAAGACUAGCGGAUUACUGAUCAAGGAAUCACACCCGACGACUGAGUCUGGAAGUCAGCUCUACCGAUUUAACCAGUCGGUCCCGAUUCCAAGCUAUCUCUUUGCCAUUGCAAGCGGAGAUGUAGCGGAAGCUUCGAUUGGUCCCCGCAGUGUCGUGGCUACGAGCCCGGACAAGCUUGAGGAGUGCAAGUGGGAGCUCGAAGCUGACACGGAGACUUUCAUCAACACCAUUGAGAAAAUUGUCUACCCCUACGCCUGGGGCCAGUACAACGUUUUGAUUCUCCCGCCCAGCUUCCCCUACGGUGGAAUGGAGAACCCGAUUUUCACCUUUGCAACUCCCAGCAUUAUCUCUAAGGACCGUGAAAACGUCGAUGUCAUCGCGCACGAGCUCGCUCACAGCUGGAGUGGUAACCUGGUGACAAACUGUUCCUGGGAGCAUUUCUGGCUGAAUGAGGGCUGGACUGUGUAUCUUGAGAGACGGAUUCUGGCCGCUAUUCACGGCGAGGCAUACCGCCACUUCUCGUCCAUUAUCGGCUGGAAGGCCCUCACCGACUCCGUGGACCACUUUGGCCACGACCACGAGUUCACCAAAUUGAUCACCGACCUGAAGGGCAAGGAUCCCGAUGACGCUUUCUCCAGCGUUCCCUACGAGAAAGGCUUCAACUUCCUUUUCCACCUGGAGAACCUUGUUGGAAAGUCCAAGUUUGACAAAUUUAUUCCUCACUACUUCACCGUCUUCAAGUGCAAAUCCCUCGACUCAUACGAGUUCAAAGCAACAAUCCUCGACUUCUUCAGCUCCGACCCCGAGGCCUCUAAGCUUCUGAACGAACUAGACUGGGACAAAUGGUUCUAUGCUCCCGGCCUACCCCCAAAGCCAGACUUCGACACCUCACUCGUCGACGUCGUCUACGAUCUCGCCAACAAAUGGCAGACUCUGUCCGGAGCCGAGUCCUCUUUCAAGCCCGCGGCAAGCGACCUGGAUGGUCUUACCGCUAACCAGAUCCUGGUAUUCCUCGAGCAAAUUCUGCGCUGGGAGCAGCCGCUGCGUCCUGAGCUUUCCAAGCUCAUGGGUGACGUCUAUGGACUGUCUAAGAGUGAGAAUAUCGAGGUUGCGAACCUUUACUUCCAGGUCGGUAUGAAGGCUGGUGAUCAGAGUGUUAUUGAGCCUACUGCGGAACUUUUGGGCCGUAUUGGUAGAAUGAAGUUUGUGCGACCUUUGUUCCGCAAUCUCCAGAAAGCUAAUCGUGCUGUGGCGUUGGAGACCUUUGAUAAGUAUAAGGAUUUCUAUCACCCCAUCUGCCGGGCUAUGGUUGAGAAGGACCUCUUUGGCAAAAAGGAGAAUUAG